AUGAACGAGUCAUAUGGCCCUCUUGUCCGCCUAUGGGGCAUACGCCCUUCUAAACUUCCAGAUGCAGGGGCACAACCAGGAGAGCUCAAGGUUCUUCUCUCCUCAAUUAUUCUCGAAGCCUUGCCUUUUCUGAACUCCGUCCCUUCCGAGAUCCCUUCCGUGGAGCCUGCUACUGAACUCCAGUCCACAAGUGAUCUCUGGAAACACAAGACAGUCAAAACAUACGACGGAUCUACCGCUUCUGUUCAUGUAUUCGAGCGUACUGUUGAUGCUGAGACUCUUGGGGUUGUCGCUCAGAAGAACCCUGGGCUUGGGAUACCACCUGAUAAGGCGCAGUCAGAGCUUUGGGCGCUUCGACGGAGUACUCACGAAGCAAAGAAAGAGAAGGGCACGGCAGAUUGGGAUGAGUUUCUGAGAUGUUUCAAGGAGAAGCAUGGUGAGGCGGAGAAGACCUUUACGCCAAGCGUGGUGAGCUUCAAGCGACUACAGGAAUGGGAUUGCUCAGGCAUUGAGAUUCAGCUGAACGGCGAAACUUGGGUUGAUUGGACACUGCGUCAUGAAGAGUCUGUCCAUGACCUUCCUGGGCCGUUGUCAAAGCGUGUCUUUCCUGUCCUACAAGCCACAGCUGCUGUUCGUGGACGCAAGGAGUUCCUUGUUGUUCAAAUCGCGAUCCGGGCCGGUGACGACGCAACAAACGUGUCCAAGCACGAUGGCCCAAUUCGGGCGGCUUACACAAGUGUUGAGAGGGUAAGAGAAUUAGGCGAUGGAAGCUUGGAAUGGGUGAUGGGGACAGCAUCUGAUGCGAAAGGCUUGGUGCCUAUGUGGGCGCAGAAGCUAGGUCUUUCUGGGGCGAUAGCUAAGGAUGUCGGUAUAUUCAUGGACUGGAUUGGUAAGGAGAGAUUGAAGGGGAAAGAUGCUGAAGUUAUUGGUGACCUUGAGUAA